UGAAGACAUUUUGCCCUUCUUUCCUGAUUUCGUGCUGAUUGACGAUUUCAAGGUACGGCUCAACCAUAUCUGAUCUGGGCUAUCAACUAGCCUGUGUUAAUCCUGAAUACGUAGGAUGAAAUUUGCUCGGCACUGGAAGAAUACAAUAUUCACAUUGAAGACUUGAAAGCCGAGAUGGACGAGGCAACCAAGAGUGCCGACAGUAUUCGUCUGGACAUUCGCGAACUGAAAAGCAGAUUCGCCUUGAUCAGUGCGGUGGAAAAAUGUUACAUUUGCCAAUUCCCAUUGUUGACGCGCCAAUUCUACGUUUUCCCCUGUCAACACGCGUUCCACGCCGACUGUUUGAUUAAUCGGAUGACCAAAUAUUUACCGACACGCCAAAUUCGUCGAUUGGCGGAUUUGCAGGAACAACUUUCACGUGAACUGUCUGCUCAGGGACGUCAAUCGCAUGCGGCAACGGCCAACGGGACAACCAAUAAGUUUAUGAAUGCGGCUGGCAAUAUACGCGGGGUGAUCUUUCCCAGCGAUGCGGCGGCCGAACACCAGGACGAUCCGCGCCACUUGGUGGCUCGAACGGAACGUUUAAAAGAAGAACUGGACGACAUUGUAGCAAGCGAAUGUGUGUUGUGCGGUGAUAUUAUGAUCAAAUCCAUCGAUCAGCCCUUUAUUGGUGAAGAAGAAGCCGAUGUCUUGGCAAGUUGGGCCAUUUAAAUUUGAGUUGGGUCUUGUGUUUUAUUCGCUCCGUUUCUUUUUUUCAUGAAAUGGCGAGAAUAGAGAGACCUGGACGUGGCGGAAUUGACCGUAUUCAGUCACAGACAAAAUAACCUUUGACAGAUCCCUCUUU